AUGGAUUCUGGUAUUAACACUGAAGCGUAUGCUUCUUGGUUUUUCACCCUUGUGAUGCUGAACAUGUUUAUAGACCGCAGCAGCGCCUUCAAUGGAUUUAAGAAAAAAAGUUCUGUUGAUCUCAAUAAGUCACUUGGGGGAGAGGUAAAAGCAUUUCUAACUGAGGAAGAAUGUCUUCAUUUGUAUGAUGAUCUAACCAAAGUGAACCCUGUGACGACUGAAACUGUUCUGAAAUGUCUUCAAGCGAGAUAUAUAGCAGGUGUUUUCUACACAAAUGCUGGAUGUACGAUGGUUGCAGUUAAUCCUUUUCAUCCAGUUGAUAAGUUGUAUAGUUUGGAGAUGAUGAAAGAGUGUCAUGCGGCAAUUCAUCUUCAGAACUGUAAACCACACAUCUUUACUGUUGCAGAACAAGCUUAUCGAAAUAUCCAAACACAUAUUAAUCACAUAAACCAGUCUAUAAUUGUUACUGGAGAAAGUGGAGCAGGAAAGACAUGGACAACUCGAUGCCUAAUGAAGUUUUAUACUGCAGUCUCUUCUGCUAGUGUGUUGCAAGAAUCCAACAAGACGGUGGAAAGAAUAGAGAGUAAAGUUCUUGAUUCCAAUCCUGUUUUGGAAGCAUUCGGUAAUGCAUGCACCCUUAGGAACAAUAAUAGCAGCAGAUUUGGAAAAUAUAUCCAGCUUCAGUUAAACAGCCUACAACAAGUUACUGGGGCCAAUAUCCAGACUUACCUUUUAGAGAGUAUGCGUAUAGCUCAUCAAAAUUCUUCAGAAAGGAACUUUCAUAUCUUUUACCAGAUUGUGAAAGGUGCAUCUCAGGAUGAAAGAAAACAAUGGAGUCUUCCAGAGAAUGCAACGUUUUCUUGGCUUCCAAAUUCUGAGAAAAACUUUGAGGAGGAUUGCUUUGAAUCCACCAAAACUGCAAUGCUGCAUUUGGGAAUUGAACCUUCCACACAGAAUAAAAUAUUUAAGAUCUUAUCUGGACUUUUGCAUAUGGGAAACAUACAAUUUUCUGAAUCAUUGGAUGAAAAUCAAGCAUGUGAAUUGUCACAUUUUGCAAAAGAUUUCAUAAAUUCAGCUUCAAACUUGAUAAAACUUCCUACUGACCUGCUGAUGGAAAGAUUAUGUUACCGAACUAUUACAGCUGGGAAACAAGUAUUUAAAAAGCCAUGCAAGAAAGCAGAGUGUCAAACAAGAAGGGAUUGUCUAGCUAAAACUAUCUAUGCAAGAUUGUUUGACUGGCUGGUCAUGUCGAUAAAUGAAAGCAUAUGCUGUGAAUCUGGAGAAUGGAGCAAUUUUAUUGGUCUGCUUGAUGUGUAUGGAUUUGAAUCUUUUCUACAAAACAGUUUGGAACAGUUGUGCAUUAACUAUGCUAAUGAGAAACUUCAACAGCAUUUUGUGUCUCACUACAUGAAAGCUCAGCAGGAGGAAUAUUCGGCAGAAGGGCUUGAAUGGUCUUUUAUUAGUUACCAAGACAAUAGGCGCUGUGUGGAGCUUAUCGAAGGAAGUCCAGUUAGUGUUUUUUCUUUGCUAAAUGAGGAAUGUCGUUUAAAUAGAUCUUCAGAUUCCAUCCAGCUCCAGUCUCGGUUUGAAGUAAAUCUUUCCCACAAUGUGUGCUUCAGCCGAGACACCUUCAGUAAAAAGCCCAACUUUGUUAUAUCGCACUACGCUGGAAAAGUGAUAUAUCAGAUUGAAGAAAUGGUAGAAAAAAAUAAGGACCCUGUUCCCCCAGAACUUAUUCUUCUCUUGCAAGAGACCAAGGACUGCCUACUUCAAAAGCUGUUUCCACAAGAGCUCAAUAACCAUGUUGAUGUUGGUGCACACAGCAGAUUACCAGCUGUGACAGUGGUUUCCAAAUUUCAGGGUUCUUUAGAGAGUUUGAUGACUAUUUUGAAUGAAACUACACCACACUACAUACGAUGUGUUAAGCCAAAUAUGGAUUGCAAGGCAUUAUUGUUCAGAACCAAAGAGGUAUUCCGUCAGCUAGAAGCAUGUGGCAUUGUGGAAACCAUUCAUAUAAGUGCAGCAGGCUUCCCAAUCAGGAUUUCCUUCCAAAGUUUUGUGAAGCGCUAUGAGUUGAUUACACCCUAUAUUUAUGGUAUAAAAAGACUGAGAAAAGACUUGGCACAUGUAAGACAAGGUCCUUCUCCAGUGGAGAUGAAUGAAUUAAAGCUUGUAUCACAAAAUAUUCUACAGAUUGUUUUGUCUAAACUUACAUCAAGUAAUACACUGGCACACUGCGGUACCACAAAAAUAUUUCUUUCACACUUUAUGGUAGAUGUACUUGAAAAACAAAGGGCAUUGGCACUUUCUCAAAGAGCUUUAAAUAUUCAAUGUUGUUGGAGGCGAUACAGACGGAGAAAACUGGCUAACCAAAGGAAGGCAGCCAUAACUAUCCAAGCAGUGGUCAGAAGCUGGCUUACAAGGAAACAUAUUGAAAAGAUGCAUAAGGCAGCUUCUGUCAUCAAGAGGACAUGGAUAAGGUGGAAGCAACAAAUGGAAGUGAUAUGUUCACAAGAUCUGGAUGACUUUACAGAUUCUAUAGAAAGAAAAACAUUGUCUGUGGAGGAAAAAGCUUUUGGCACUUCAAAUAUAAAUUAUACACAAAGCAAACCAAUGCAAUAUUGUUCGGUUGAACGAUUCUGGCUUUUUAAUUUUGCAUUGUCUACAGCGCCAGUUGUAAGCAACAUAGGAAUGGCUGAUAGAUUUAAUAGACAUGAUCUGUUAUUGACAUGUCUCCAUAUACUAAACAGAAGGAAUAGAUACAACAUUAAUGCAAAUCAGUCACACCAUGGCAUCACAUCAAUACGGGCACUGCCUCAGGGAUCUGUAAAAUUUCACUACAAGAGGUCUCCACUACAGUUUGCCAACAUAUGCCCAGAUGGACUGAAUGAAACAAACGAAAACCCACUGGGCGAGUUGCCGGGACCAGUUCCGGCGGGAGCUGACCAGCAAAGGCCGCAGUGGGGAGGGAUCAUCAAGCAAACGUGCCUGUAUAUAUACGGCCCAAUUACAGUUUCUGCGGCCAGUAAUGGAAUUGAGGCCUACUGUGGACAGUCUGGAUCCCUCACAAGAUUCAGACACGUCGGCCAGUGAACCCCCUGCAGGAUUUUCUCCCCAGGCAACUCCUUCGCCAACGCCGGCUGAGGACCCGGAGGACUCCACGCUGGCCGAGGCCCCCCUACCACCUUGCAGUCCACCACGGAUUGUCCAGCCCCAGCCCAGACGGCGCCGCCAACUCCCUCCCUCUACCUCUGGGCCAGAGAGUCGGGAGGCUAUUGAUGCCCGCCUCAUAGAAUUUCUGGCCCAGAGGAGGAGUGAAGGAGUGGAGGAGAAAACAUUACAGGGCUUAGGACAGCUAUUGAGGCAUGUCACUCCUUUAGAGCAUCAUUAAUGCCUCGCGUCCUUAGCGGUCGUAAUAAAAAUGUUUAGUCUACCUAACCAUGGGGACAUUCUGGGCAAGCUAAAUGCCAUGAAAGUGGACAUUGAGAAUGCCGGACAGCAGCAAAGUGCCGGACCAUUUGAAGUUGCGCCACAAACAUCACAAGGUCCAGCAUACCACCAACAACCCCACUAUGGACUCCCCCAGGGCCCAAUGCAUCAAGUGGGUCAGCCCCUUUACCCGGGCAGUUUCACAUCUGGGGGACCUCAACAGGCCAAUGUCAGGCCACGGUCCACGUUUACUCCUGGAUCAUUUACUCAGGACCUUCUGAAUUUAUAAGCAUGUUUAAUCUUUUUGUUACAAGCACUUUAUAUGUUUUUUCUUAAAAUGUUGGGCCCAUUGGCUUCCAGUUUAUUAUGUUUAGCUCAAUCUUCUACAUAA